GGGUCCUCAGGAGGAUGCAGCCGACGUUUUGGGACACAGCUUGUAUCUAACAGCGGCCCGGGGACGACUCUGUGACCCCAGGACGAGCUGGAGGAGGUGGGCGGGUGAGGCAGGUCUGGGCUUCGAUGGUUACUGUUGUCACUGUGAUUGGAACCCAGAUAAGCAGAAUGAUCUUCAUCAUGGAAGCACAGAAGCUCAACUCUGAGCUGCAUGGUGAGGUCCAACGGUGCAUUCACAGGACGUCAGGUAAACUGAUGCACUUUGUGCUAAUUUAUUACAUUUUCAAUGUUCUCAGGGCUCAGCUCCAUCCAGGCUAUCACAGAAUCGUCCUUGUGCUUGGAUGCGCAGACCUUUGGGAUAGACUACUUUCUGAAAACACUGCUUCGAACUUUGACCUUCAUAUACAAGCUGAAAGAAAACAUGACGCAGUCCUCUGUCAAAGGAUUGUGGAAAGCAUGAAACUGAACCUGGGCACAUCCACCUCGUUCUGCCUCAGUACACACUCAGAGGAUUUUAAAAUCAAAGACGUGAAUGAUUCCAAGGUUUUAGCGACAGUGCCACAUUAAUCGUCUCUCAUUUUCAGAAGUUCAGAGUUCCUCGUGUUUAGCUUCCUCUUUAUCACCUGUGAAGUCCUCCCGAGAACUGUUGGAGACAGUUUGUUUUCAUUUCCAUGAAGAGGAGAUAAUGUUAAUGUAACUCAGAAACAUUUACAUGUUACAUGGUUUUUGGACAGAGGAGCCGCUGAGAUGCGUCAGCGCGCCCGUUAUAAAACCCUCGAGCCUCAGUCACCAAACGACGACCCCACUCCACAGGUGAGACGCUUCGACUCCCGCUCAUCAGGCUGCUGUGCCCCUCUGCUCAUAUAAAAACCUCCUGAACGACUGCAGAUGGAACCACUCCUUACAGCUAACUGAAGGUCACAGACCUUCCACCUGAGCAGUUUCAGGACAAACAAAGCAGUGAAGGUGGAAAAGUUUGACAUUUUUAAAAGACUUUUUAAAGAUGAAGUUGCUGCCGUGCUUCAUGCUGGCUGUGCUACUGUCAGCUGGAACCAGUCUGGCUGUGGAUGUGAACUGGUUAACUCGUAUUAUAAAAGCCAUAAGGACAGAGUACAGACUAACAGGUCAAUUCUGUCUGGCUGCAACCAUCCCAGAUCAACAGGACCCAAACACCCUUAUCAGUGAAGUCCUUCGUGAAGACCACUUUGAUGAGCACAUGGAAGACUCAGUUAAAGGGGGUGCGGUAUAUGCUAGCAGCAGGCUGGUUUUAGCUGUUCCCAUAGAACAUGUACAUGCAGAACGCGCAGUUCUGGAAAGCUUGGGCAAACUAAAGAAACAGGGAGAGAACGACUUCCUCCUCAUCUACUCUUACCUCUCCCCAUGUAGCAAGUGCACAGGCAGUAACAAAAAAUUCAACAUCCUUAACAUGAUUAAAAAUCAGGUUUACAGAUGGCAUGAUGGGGCCUUUGUGUUUACAAAAGUUUUCAGCCAUCCUAAAGAUGGUUCCAUUGUAACCAGAGAUGUUUUACAAACGUCACUGACUGAGCUUUCUGAUUCGAUGGGUGGUCUCCACUACAUAUUUCGCUGUGAUGGACCGAGCAAUUCUGAGUUAGUGUGUCACAGCUGCUCUGUAAAUCACAGAGUUUCAGAGUUUUGUAUUGAUAACAACGCUGAGAGAGAGCGCAGCAUCAGCAGGGAAAGAAGCAGGAGCUUCAGUGGAAGCAGUGGAGGGGGCAGUAGCAGGAAGAGAGAGAUAUACAGGAGUCAGAGUGAGAGCAGCAUCAGCAGCGGAAACAGUAGAGAAGCUGGAAAACAUGCAGGUGGAGGCAGGAGCAGCAGGAAGAGAAGCAAGUACAGGAGCAGCAGCAGCAGCAGGAGCGUCAGCAGGAACAGAGGUGGAGAGCGUAGGAGCAGUAGCUAGAGGUUAGAGAAGUUCAAACAAACCAACAUCGUCCCUGAAGACAAACUUUCUUUAUGUCCUUAAAUUUCUUUUCAAAAAUGAUUUAAAUUCUGUUCAAACUAAAAUGAUAAAUAAAUGUUUUUCUGAGAAAGCUUCAAACCUGCUCCAUGUGUCUCGGUUACAAGAACAUUUCUGAUUAAACUCAGUUUACUCGCGUCAGUCCCACACCUGCCUCAUCUACCAUCACAGCCUGAAACCUCACAAACACAGAGCGAUAAAACAUCCUCAACUGUGCAGAUGAAAUGUGGAGUAUUAACUAAGGAGUUAAGUUUUUAAUUAAGGAGUAUUAGCCACAUAUCAGCGUUUCCUCCAAUGAACGCGCUCACACUGACCCCGCCUCCUGCCACAUUAAUCCAGUCUGAUCGUCUGACAGCAAACACAAAGCAUACAGCUCUGCUUACAGUUUACACCCUGCAGGACGGUUCAAUACAGCAGAAACAUGUCU